CCCUCACCCCACCGCCUUCUCCCACCCCCCACGCUUUUCCCACCACCCCACCGAAAUCCACUGAAACCGAGCGCUCUCUCCUUUCCCUCGAAUCAAAUACCCUCCUCCCUUUCCAUUCGCCGCGACGCGGCUGCCAAAUCCCUAGAUUCCUCCCCGCCUCCAAGAAUAUACAAGAAUGCUCCCGAUACAGCCGAGGUGGCCCGCCCCAAAUCCUCGCCCCUGAUGGAUCCCCGCCCCGCCCCCCUCGCCAUCGACCUCAACGAGUUCCCCCCGCCCCCCUGCGACACCCCUCCAGCCGCCCGGGCCGCGGAAGCGCCACCGGAUCCCGUUCUUGGGCCCCCGGUUCCUCCCCCUCUCCUGCCCUACGAUGCCUACGCUUUGGCGUGUAGGUUCCAUGGGAAUCUUGCCCCCGCGGCCGGCUUCCCGGCGGAGUUCCCGGGGGAGGCCGGCGUCGGCCGGCCCCUCCCGUGUGGGCUCUGCCGCCGUCCCGAGACCCGGGCCGGGACCGUGGUCUGCGACGGCUGCGAGAGGGGGUUCCACCUCAGCUGCGCCCGGGUUCGGGGGCGGCAGCAUGUCGCGUUCGAGGACUGGGUCUGCACCGAGUGCAUGCUGAAUGGGGUGCCGAAUAAGAGGUGGGCUCUUGGGCCUGCGAGGCUUCUUGAUAUCAAUGCCCUGCCGCCGAGCGAGGGAGAUGGGGAAGUGAACACCUCGGAGGAGUUGCACAUCGGCAGAAACGGCGGGCUAAACAGAAUAAACAAUACUGAUGGAUCUUCAUUUAGUGGGUUUGGUGCAUCAUUUCCACAUUUAAAUGAUGGUCACAUAAGAAAUGCUUUUGAUUUAGGCAAGGAUACUGAAAUGGUAACUGAUGAUAUGAGAAACAGUUCGGAAGGCGUUUCACACCAUGGACUAUUUGCAAGUAGAGAUUCUGAAGAUCCAGUUUCGAGUUCUUCUCUCUUAGGAAGGUCUGCGGUUAAUAAUGUAACAGUAUCAGGUCAGUCACAGGGAGAGAUGUUUCUGCAGUCAUUAAGAAACUUUAUUAUGGAAAGGGGAGGUUUUCUGAGUGAAGGUUGGUCAGUGGAUUUCAAAGAAUCUGCAAACAGAUCCGGUCCAUAUGCUGUAUAUUGUGCCCCAGAUAAGAAAAGGUUUGAGUCAAUGGCUGGUGUUGCCCAAUAUCUUGGGAUAAAAUCAAGCUUUUCUACUAUGGACAUUGAUGAAAGAAGUGAUGGUUCUGGCACUGCACAGAAGUCAUUGACCCUUCGCAGAAGGAAAAAAGAUCUUGCCAGAAAUUUGAUGAUAACAAGUUAUAAUGAAAAUCAAGACUGUGUGCAGGUCAGCUGUGGAAUGGAGCCCUCAUCUGAUACAGAGGUCCUGGACCAUGAAUGUCAAGAUGUGACUGUUGGGCUUCCAAUUCAAUAUGAAGAUUUCUUUGUUGUCAGACUGGGGAAAAUUGAUUUACGAAUGACGUAUCAUGACAGCUAUGAGAUUUGGCCAGUGGGAUAUAAAUCCUAUUGGCAUGAUAAAAUUACAGGUUCACUUUUUGAGUGUGAAGUGUCAGAUGGUGGUAAUGCUGGGCCUGUUUUCAAGGUGCGAAGGCGUCCAUGUUUCAUAUCACCUAUACCCCAUGGGGCAACUGUUCUGUUAUGUAAAAGUGUUAACAAAGAUGAUAUGCCACAGAGGAUGGAAAGUACUAGCACGACUGUUGAUGCAGAUUAUGAUAAAGAUGACGACAUUCUAAUGCUGCUAUCAGAUCCAGAUCAAUCACAGCAAGACUUGUUAUCAUGCUUUAGCAGCAAUCUUGGUGAAACAUCAUAUGAAUCCUCUGUGCAAAUUAAUAUGCAGAACCCAGCUGUUUUAACACCUGAUCUGAAUUGCCAUUCAGAAAGGUCUUCCGAGGCUUCAGGAAUGAGAGAUGAAAUAGGAGAAUUUUAUGUAGAAGGAAGGUCAUCACAGUCAGUAUGGAAGAUGGUUUCUCAUACUCUUCUUGAUGCUUGCCGUGAAGUGUACAGGCAAUCAAGAUGUUUGCAAUUUUGCUGCAGGCACAAUAGUAGAAAGUUUUCAUCAUAUUCAGGUAAUGGAACUCUAGAAACUCUUGAUCAUCUUGGUCCCCUAGUUAAAUUUUGCUGUUUCCAUGGGCCGAUCAAUACACCACGAGUAAUCCAGAAUGACAGUGAACUAGAAGCUACAUGCAAAUCACUUGCAGAAUGGUUAAACCAGGAUAGAUUUGGAUUGGAUAUGGGCUUUGUACAAGAAAUUAUUGAAAGCCUUCCUGGAUCUCUUGCUUGUUCGCACUACCAAUUUUUGAUUGAUAGGACUGAUUUUUCGACAUCAUUGACUGUUGCAAGUGGGUUGCUCUUAGCCAUCCAAAAGAAUGGAGAACAAGGUGGAGAAGAAGUUGCAUUGUAUAGUUUAUACAGAGGGCACAAAAAACCUAGGCUGCAAGACUUUGCUGAAGACAACCGAUCAAGUGAGCAGCAGCAUCCACCAGGGAAACCUAUGAACAGCAGGCUUCCUGCUGAGUUGGUUGGGGAUGUUCUUCAGAUAUGGGAAUUGCUGUGGCGUUUUUAUGAAAUUUUGGGUCUGAAAGAACCUCCAUCAUUCGACGAGCUUGAAGAAGAGCUCAUCGAUCCAUGGCCUAUUGGGUCAUAUAAUUUGGAGAAAUUACAAAAGGAAAUUCAGAAAUGUAAGGACUCUGCUUCACAAUUAAGCAAUAGUGCAAAUGGUCCAACCUCAUUCCCAACUGGUGAAUCUGGUCCAGUAGCUCAUGAAGAGAGUCCAUUCAUAUUCAUCCCAAUUGAAACAGCAUCUGCAAGGGAAGCUGCUCAAGCUAGAUUGGCAUCAUAUACUUAUAGCAGAUGCAAUGGAGUGGCUUUGACAGAGAUUCACAUUGCAUUGCUGAAAGUGUUGGUCAGUGAGCUACUUUGCAAGGUUGCAGUUUUCGUAGAUCCAAAUUUUGAUGCUAGAGAAUCAAAACCUAGACGUGGAAGAAAGAAAGAUGUUGAUAACUGCCCACCUGCAAAAGAAACAAAGAUUGAUAUGCUAACUAUUAAUGAGCUGACAUGGCCGGAAAUAGCCCGGAGAUAUAUUUUAGCUGUCUCAUCUAUGAAUUGUUGCAUGGAUUCGCCAGAUGUCUAUAGUCGCGAAGGUAUGAAGUUGUUCCGCUGCUUACAGGGUGAUGGUGGUGUGCUUUGUGGCUCACUUUCGGGAGUUUCUGGAAUGGAAGCGGAUGCAUUGCUGCUUGCGGAGGCUGAAAGGCAAAUAUCUGGUCAUAUGAAGCGUGAUAAUGAAGUUUUGCCUGUGGAUUACAAGGAUUUUGAUGCAGCAAUAGUUGCUUCUGAGCCAGCUGUUGUGAAUAGCAAUAGUCUUCCUGAGUGGGCACAGCCUCUGGAGCCUGUGAAAAAGUUACCAACCAAUGUGGGAACAAGAAUUAGAAAGUGCAUCUAUGAUUCUCUGGACAAAAAUCCUCCAGAAUGGGCAAAGAAAAUUUUGGAGCAUUCAAUCAGUAAAGAAGUUUAUAAGGGAAAUGCAUCGGGACCGACCAAGAAAGCUGUUUUAUCUGUGCUGGCAGAGGCAUCUGCUGGAGGUCUGCAGCAGAAACCCAAGGGACGGAAAGAGAAAAAUCCUAUUUCUCUAUCAGAUGUCAUUAUGAAAAAAUGUCGUAUUGUGCUACGCCGUGCUGUUUCUGCUGAUGAAGCAAAAGUUUUCUGCAAUUUGCUUGGAGCUGCACUAACAUAUUCUAAUGAUAAUGAGGAUGAUGGUAUUCUUGGAUUUCCUGCUAUGGUUUCUCGCCCUUUGGACUUCCGUGCAAUUGAUCUAAGACUGGCUGUUGGGGCUUAUGGUGGAUCACAUGAGGCUUUUCUAGAGGAUGUGCGGGGGGUUUGGCAUAAUAUAUGCACAGCAUAUGGGGAUCGACCUGAUCUGAUGCAAUUGGCUGAAACAUUGUCACAGAAGUUUGAGUCAUUGUAUGAGGAGGAGGUGCUCAACCUGGCUAAAAAGUGUUUAGAUCAUGCUGGUGCCAAGCAUUUUGACUCUGAAACGUGGAAGGAGCUGCAUGAUGUUCUUCUUACAGCAAAUGAGCUACCAAAAGCUCCUUGGGAGGAAGGAGUCUGCAAAGUCUGUGGCAUCGAUAAAGAUGACGACAGUGUUUUACUCUGUGAUAAGUGUGAUUCUGAGUAUCAUACAUACUGUUUGGACCCUCCACUAGCUCGAAUUCCAGAAGGGAAUUGGUACUGUCCAUCCUGUGUUCAGAGUCAAUCUAAGAUGCCAGAUUCAUGGAUGCAUUCUCAAUUUAUUAAACGCCAUCCGAGGAGACAUCUGGGAGAGGAAGCUCGUGCUUUCCAGGAGGCUCUAAAUCAGCUAGCAGUCACAAUGGAAGAAAGAGAAUACUGGGAGUUCAGCAUAGAAGAGAGAAUAUUUUUGCUGAAGUUUCUAUGUGAUGAAGUGCUGAAUACCGCACUUAUUCGAGAACACCUAGAACAAUCUGCUGAUAAAUCAAAUGAUAUGCAGCAAAAAUUGCGUAAUCUAGGUGUAGAGUGGAGAAACUUGAAAAUCAAAGAAGAAUUACUGGCAAUGAGUGCGGUAAAGGAAAGUGCAAGCAAAUUUAGUGGAAUUGGUGAUCUUGCAAGAGAAGAGGGUAUAACUGCUAUGUGUGCCGGCCAUGGUAGAUUGACGGGACAGCAACAAAAUUUCAGCAACAAAAUGAACAAUACUGCAAUUGGUUCAGCAAAUCCACUGAAGGGGGCAUCCACAACGAUGGAGGACUGCCUUGUGGAGAAUGGACAAGGUGCUGUCAGCAAGGACUACCUGCUGAAGAGCAUAAUGGACACAAAUGCCAAUGCUAAGAGACCCCAGAUGCACACCAUUGAUGGACCUGCUAUGGAUACAUCAUUUCCUGAAAAGUCAUCCUGUAGUAUGGAUGUUAGUAAAAGAGAUCAAUUCAAUGGACACGAUGAAAAAUCAGUAGUUUCUUCACAGGGAGAAAGUGAUGAAGCUGGGAGAGAAGUGGUGACGAACAUUGUAAAUAUCGAAAAGAAUGCCCCUAUUCCAUCAAAAGCAGAUAUUCUUCAUGGAUCUCAUCAGUUUUCUGAUAGUAGGAGAAGUGAUUUGGAAGAGAGUGCUCAUUCAUUGUCCACAUGUUCUGCCGUCAAUACCUUAGUGGGAGAGUUACCAGCUUCCAAUCAGGAUAGAACACUCGAAGGAAGUCAUAACAAUAUUCAUGCCAAUGUAACUGAGCCUGAAGGCAGUUACCUUGAGAUGGAAUCUUUAAAAAAUGAGAUUUCACAUUUGCAGGAUUCAAUUUCCAGUUUAGAGUCACAAGUUAUGCUGACAUCAGUAAGAAGGGAAUUUCUAGGUAGGGAUUCUUCUGGCCGAUUGUACUGGGUUAUAGGUAGGCCUGGUAAACGUCCUUGGUUUGUGGCUGAUGGAAGCAUGCCAGCACCAUCCGAAAGAAGAGAUACGUAUCUAAGUGGGUCUCAUACUUGUAGCCCUUUUAAUUCUGAUCUGAAUAACUUCUGGGCUUUAUUUGAAUCUGAUAAUGAAAUUCAAGAACUUGUUGAUUGGUUGAGGGAUGGUGAUCCUAGAGAAAGAGAAUUGAAGGAAUGCAUCUUGCAGUGGCUAAGACUUCUGUUGUACCAGGAUACGAACCAUCCACCUGAUGAUUUUCAACAAAUAUCAAAGUCUUCUGUCAGUGAAAAAUCUGCAGCUCCACAUUGUUUGAGUACAAAGGCUGCAAUGAUUCUUGAGAGCAGGUAUGGUCCUUGCUUAGAGCCAGAAGCAAGUGAAAUCCCAAGAAAGCGUGGAGGGAAGACAAAAAUAGGUUAUGAGGAGAGAAUGUAUAGAUGUUUGUGCUUAGAACCUAUAUGGUCUUCUAGAUAUCACUGUCUUUCCUGUCACCAGACUUUUUGCACUGUCGUUGAACUUGAAGGGCAUAGUGAUGGAAAGUGCAUUCCAACUAAUCCAGCUUCCGAUGAAAGCAAAGAAAGUGAUGAUCAAUUAAAAGGAAAAGGAGCAAAGUCGGAGAUCAUCAAAGAAAAGGAGCACUCUGAUGAGGUUGAUAUUGUUGAGACAUCAAACAAUAAAAAGUUAAUCUGCUGGAGGUUGGUUAAAUUUCCAAAGAAAGUAUGUCCUUAUGACCUGGAUGAGAUUAGUAAGAAAUUCAUCAUCAAAAAUUCUAACAAGGAGUUGGUGCAGGAAGUAGGGCUUAUUGGUUCAAAUGGGGUCCCAUCUUUUGUCCCUUCACCUGUAUUUUUUCUUGAUCCUACAUUACUGCUGAACCAAAAUAAAAAAUCUGAUACUGGUCAGAAUGCUGGAUUAGCCUUAUCAGAAGAGUGGCUGCCAAUGUCCACGCGAAGGGAAGGAGCUGGUGCAACUGCAUCCGGAGAUGACAUAAGAAAUGGCACUGAACGAGCCACUAAGUCGGCGCAAAAUUGUGUUAGCAAUGGUUCUGAUGACCAGUUGAUAAAAACAAAGGGAUCCUCAUCAGAUUAUAUGGGUGAUGGAGAGCGAACAUCCUUCGUAACUACUAAGACACAAGGACUGGAAGUUAGUAACAGAUGCGCAAUUCCUGAGUCCUCAUUCAGGCCUCUUGUGGGUAAAAUUGCUCAAAUAUUAAAGCAGCUCAAGAUCAACUUACUUGAUAUGGAUGCAGCCCUGCCUGAGGAAGCAGUAAGGCCUUCUAAGUCGCACUUGAUGAAAAGAUGUGCUUGGCGUGCAUUUAUCAAGUCUUCAGAAUCAAUAUUUGAGAUGAUUCAAGCAACAAUCCUGUUUGAGGGCAUGAUCAAGACGGAAUACCUGAAAAACAGUUGGUGGUUCUGGUCCUCCCUCACAGCUGCAGCAAAGACACCAACUGUUUCAUCCCUUGCUCUCCGAAUAUACACUCUUGAUGAUUCUAUCAUCUACGACAAGGACGUGCUUCCCAAUUCAGAUGCAACGGAGAAUUUGAAGCUGACAAACAAGAUAGGGAAGAAGAGAAAAGAAGUUGAAUAGGAUCUUAGGGAUACAGUCAAAUUACAGAAACCAAAUUUUCAUUCCUGCGGGAUGUGUGGUGGCAGCCUUUGAUACUCUGCCUCAUGAGUCAUGAUUCUCAUAGUUAGAACCAGGAAAAACGAGAAGAUUACAGUGUUAUUGCCGUCGCUGUACAUAUGUUUAAAGAUUUCAACUGACAACACUGACAGGGUGGUUGCUUGGUUGAGAACCAGAGACCUGCUGGGGAUUUGUGUAUUUCAGCUGGACGGAAGUAGGCUGGGCUGUCUGUGAUGGUGCACAAGUUUCUUGCAGAAUGAACUAACUCAGCAGCAGGCUCUUUGCAGCGGGAGUCACCAAUGAGUGGCAAAGAUUCACACGACAUACAAAAUGCAACCAAUGUAAAAGCAGCUGUAGUUGUACGUAAGUUUAAUCAAAAAUACCAAAUAUGAAAUUCAGUCUCCUCUCUCUCUCUCUCUCUCUCUCUCUCUCUCUCUCUGGCGACAUAUUUUACAUUGAAUUGCGUUUCUUAGCCCACCUUUUGUUUCUUUUUAUCAUAAUUAAAUGCAAUUGUGCCUUGUAGUUAGGGUUAUGGCUAUGGUUUUGGUAAGGAUGGUCGCAGGCUUCUGUUAAUUUCUUCUCAUAUUUAUGGUUGGGAUGGUUUCUUGGUUAAGGAGGCAGCCAGAUGAAGUUGCAUCAUCCUCAUGUCAAGCACGACCGGUCAUACAGCAGAGAAGAUGCCGGUAACUCACUGCUGGUAAUUAGUCGAAUUUCUGUAGCGAUUUGUAGUAGAAAGCCUUCUAGCUGACACUCUGAAAAUAACAAAGCAUGAUGUGAAGAUUAACUGAUGUAUAUCUGGAUAUUUGUACUCAUUUAUUGAAACUUGUUAUAAGAUAAUGAAAUGAACGUUGUUUGCAC